AGCCGAGCAGUGGGGCGGGCAGAACGAAGCCCGGCAACCAGAGCACCAGCCCAGCCAUGGCCCCCGAGGUAAGUGUUCACCAAGUGCUGUAUUUUUCUGGAAUUGCCUCCUUCCUGGAAAACUGCAGCUCUUGUUAUGACUCGGAAGAUGAGAAUGACUCCUGCUGUGCUUCCCCACCCUGCCCACAGGACUUCAGCCUGAACUUCGACCAGACCUUCCUACCAGUCUUGUACAGCCUCCUUUUUCUCCUGGGGCUGGUGGGCAACGGCGCUGUGGCAGCAGUGCUGCUGAGCCAGAGGGCGGCCCUAAGCAGCACCGACACCUUCCUGCUGCACCUGGCUGUGGCAGACACACUGCUGGUGUUGACGCUCCCUCUCUGGGCAGUGGACGCUGCCAUCCAGUGGGUCUUUGGCUCCGGCCUCUGCAAAGUGGCAGGUGCCGUCUUCAACAUCAAUUUCUACGCAGGGGCCCUCCUGCUGGCCUGCAUCAGCUUUGACCGCUACCUGAGCAUAGUGCAUGCCACCCAGCUCUACCGCAGGGGCCCACGGGGACGCGUGGCCCUCACUUGCAUAGCUGUAUGGGGGCUCUGUCUGCUCUUUGCCCUCCCAGACUUCAUCUUCCUGUCAGCCAACUAUGACGAGCGCCUCAAUGCCACCCACUGCCAGUAUAACUUCCCACAGGUGGGCCGCACAGUUCUGAGGGUACUGCAGCUGGUGGCUGGUUUCCUGCUGCCUCUGCUGGUCAUGGCCUAUUGCUAUGCCCGAAUCCUGGCAGUGCUGCUGGUCUCCAGGGGCCAGCGGCGUCUACGAGCCAUUCGGCUGGUGGUGGUGGUAGUGGUGGCCUUUGCCCUUUGCUGGACUCCCUACCACCUGGUGGUGCUGGUAGACACCAUCAUGGACCUGGGGGUCCUAGCCCGCAACUGCGCUCGAGAGAGCCAGGUGGACAUAGCCAAGUCAGUCACCUCAGGCCUGGGCUACAUGCACUGCUGCCUCAACCCGCUGCUCUAUGCCUUUGUGGGUGUCAAGUUCCGAGAGCGGAUGUGGAUGCUGCUCUCACGCCUGGGCUGCCCUGAUCGGAGAGGCCUCCAGUGGCAGCCGUCAUCUUCCCGCCGGGAUUCAUCCUGGUCUGAGACCACAGAGGGCUCCUAUUCUGGCUUGUGA